AUGAUGCCCACUCGCCCCGCCUACCAACAUCACCACUACUCGACCGGAAGCAACGGUCACCAACAAGCGAUACAACAACAAUCGGCACCAGGAGGACUGACGUAUCGGUCGACGAAUACGACUAGUCAACAGAUGAUGGGACAGAGAUACGGAGUGGCAAACUAUAAGCCUCAUCGGAAGGUAAUUAAAAACUACAAAGAGAGAGAAAAAUAA